AAGUUUAGUGGUUGAUAGCAACAGUUGCUGGGUUUACUGAAUGCUGAAAACGAGUUUGAUACAGAUAAACGAUGUCAGCAUCAGCUGAUUAUACAGCAGAUGACGUGCCAGUAAAGGAUACAGGUCUGAGAGUAGCUGGAAUUGGAGGAUUACAAGACUCGUAUGCCACACAGAAUGUUAGGGCAAGGCAAGCAGUGUCACGCAUCACUCGUGAUGAGCUGGAAGAUCGAUUUCUUCGCCUCCAUGAUGAGAAUAUUCUACUUAAACAGCAUGCACGGAAGCAAGAAGAUAAAAUUAAAAGGAUGGCCACCAAGCUGAUUCGACUUGUUAACGAUAAGAAGAAAUCUGAGCAGGACUGUGGCGGCCCCAAGCGGAUUGGUCGAGAUGUGGAAAUGGAAGAAAUGAUUGAAGAGCUUCAAGAGAAAGUCCGUGAGCUGGAGAAACAAAAUGAGAGUCUUAAAAACCGUCUGAUCUCCACCAAACAGCAGCUUCAAGUGCAGGGGCAUAGACACACACCAUACGGUUAUGUACAGUCUCAGAUUAACACUGGACUCAGAAAAGUAAACAGGAGCCCUCCCAUGCAAGAGUAUCUCAAGAAAGGUUCCCCCUUUCAGGAUGUUGAUGUCAGGUGAACCCCUCAUCCUAUGUACACCCACAGUAACAAUCAGGUGUUGAGAAAGGGGAGGGGAGAGAUAGAAAAUAUUGAGAAUGUGAUUGAAUCUCAGAAGAGGCAAAUGGAGGAAUUGGAGCAUACUUCAGAGGUUCUUAGGAGUCUGAUUGUCCAGAAAGAGAAAGAAUAUGAGCAGUCACUUCUGCAGUUACGAGAUCAACAGGCAACAGGGCAGAGGUCAGCAAUCAGGGACAAUGUUCAGAUGAUCAAACUACAGAAAGAGAUGUCGGAGAAAGCAAAUGCUUUAACUGCUAUGGAAGGAAAGUUUCUCCAGUUGCAAGAGAAUCAGAGGACAGUAAAAGCUAGUCAUGAUGCCUUAAUGAUGCAGGUUGAAGAACUAAAUUCACAACUUAAACAGGAGCGGUUUAAAAACCUUGGUCUUGAGAAACAGCUAAACUUAGAUCAUUUUUCCCAAAGGCGAACCGAAGAGCUUCAAGAAAGAAUUGAUGAUCUUGAAAAAGAACGGGAACUUUUGAAGGAAAAUUAUGAGAGACUUCAGAAUAGUGCCUUCAGUUUGAGCCAGGAACAGCAGUGGAAGUUAAAAGAACAACACCUCAGACUGCAGAUUGCCCAGCUUGAGACUGCCUUGAAGUCAGACCUUACAGACAAAAAUGAAAUCCUUGAUAAAGUUAAAGCAGAAAGAGAACAAAAUGAGAGACUCACACAAGAAAAUAGAGAACUGCAGCUGCGUUAUCUGGAGCACAAACAUCAGCUGGAUGAACUGAAAGAGCGCAUGAAGUUCUUUACCAAGGAGAGUGAUAUUGAUGUGACAGAACUCAGCGAGGCUCUCCUGCUCUUAAAGGUUCGCAAGCAGCAAAAAAAUGGAGAUUUGGCUUUUCUGGAAAAAGUUGAAGAUCAAGUUCAUAAAGAUCUGGAACACUCGAUGCGAGAGUUGCAAGCGGUGUAUGCUGACACAGUACAGGAGCUUGAAAAGACGAGAAACAUGUUAAUUGUGCAACACAAGAUUAACAAAGAUUACCAGGCAGAAGCUGAGACAGUAACACACAAGAUGGAUGAUGUGAAGCGAGACUACGAGCUGAAACUGCAAAAUUACGCACAGCUUCUUGACAUUAGGACUGCACGAAUCAGAAAACUUGAAGCUCAACUGAAGGAUAUUGCUUAUGGUACAAAACAGUAUGCAUUCAAACCAGAAGUUACCGCUGAUGACCAGAUAGAUGAAUUUGAUGAAACCGUCCACCUGGAACGAGGAGAAAACCUUUUUGAAAUCCAUAUCAGCAAAGUAAUAUUUUCUCCAGAUGCUUUGAAAGCCUUUGGUGAUGUACAGCCAACAACAUUUUGUACCUUUGCCUUUUAUGAUUAUGAGCUUCAAGCCACACCUGUAAUCCGUGGUCUGCAGCCUCAGUAUGACUUCACUGCUCAGUAUAUUGUCCAUGUUGAUGACUUCUUCCUACAGUAUGUGCACAAGAACUCUGUUACCCUUGAGGUUCAGCAGGCAUAUGGCACAGAUUAUCAGACUGUUGCAGCAUGCCAGCUAAGAAUACAGGAAAUUCUGGAAAGGAAUGGGAGGAUUUUUCAUACAGGACAUUUAAUCGGGGUCAGUGGAGACGUACGUAAUUUUGGAGUAGUAGAAUACUGGAUACGGCUACGAGUCCCUAUGGAUCAAGCUAUCCGACUUUACAAGGAGCGGGUAAAAGCUCGUGGCUACAUGAUUUCUAAUGUUAAAGACUCAGAGCAGGAGAGUCUCAAAAUGUCUCAGGAGCAUGCUCCUAUGUCAAGAAGUCCUGACUUGAAUGAGCUGCAUGUAACAAUCAAAUGCUGUAACGAUCUGCAGUCCCAAGCAAAUCAACAGCAACCAAAUCCUUAUGUUGUCUACAAGUUCUACGAUUUUGCAGACCAUGAUACUGCUAUCAUACCUAGUAGCAACAAUCCACAGUUUGCUGAUCAUAUGAGUUUUCCAGUUCUAAUGAAUGCAGAUCUCCAUGAUUAUUUGAAAACUGAAACUUUGUAUUUCUACGUAUUUGACGACAGUGAAACUACGGAUGGCCCAUAUUUAGGCAAAGCCAAAGUUCCUCUCAUCUCCUUAGCACACGACAAAGCUAUUGCAGGUUUAUUUGAGCUUUAUGACACUGAAGGGCACGCUGCUGGUUCAAUUGAUGUCAUAAUGAAAUGGAGGUUCUCUUACCUACCAGUAAAUGAGUCUGCUUUACCAGUGGACCCUGCCGAGUUCUUAAGUAAAGAAGCGCCAGUCAAGUUACCAAGUCAAGAUGAAGAGCACCUACAGUUGCCAGUGCCAAAACCUAGGCAGCACGUAGCCCAAGAGGGUAAACGAUCUGACAAGAAAGUAUCAUUUGUGGAUGCUACAGCACCCGUGGAGAUUCCAACAAGUCCACAACCCAGUAGUACUGCUGGAAAGCCUUUGCAGGAAGUGAAAAUGGCUGUCUCACCUACAUCAGACAAACAGGAUGCUCCUUUUAAACCAGAUGAUGUUCACAAAGGCUCUUUGAAUGAUUCAGAUUUGGUAGAUAUUUCUGAAGAACCUAAGGCACAACAAGAAGAUGCCAUUUCUGAAGUUUCUGAGGGGCAGCUUGCCGAACAAAGUUUAAAUUCAGAAGAUGACUCGGAUUCAAUUGAGGAAGACUGGAGGCCAGAAGGUGGUGAUACACGCAAAGUAGAGGGUGGUGAAUUAACUGAUAGUGACGAUUCUAUUGUUCAAGGACCAGUUUCUAAGACUGAGCAGCCAUCAGAAAAAAUACGGAUUGAGAUUUUAUCCCUUACUCUUAAUGAAGACUGUUACGUUUCAACAGAUGAUGAUAUUCAGCGAUUAUUCAUUGAGUACAGAUUUUUCAAUCUGCAACCACAAGAAACUCCCAUGUCUCUUUCAAAACCUAAAAAUGGACAGUGGGUCCACUAUUACUACAGCAAUGUCAUUCAAGUGGAUAAAGCUGUUAACCAGGUGAGACGAAACUUCCUGAAAUCUGUGCUUCAGGGAGAUGAAUCGGCUAAUGGAAGAAUCCAGUUCACUGUUGUUAGUGAUCCCCCUGAUGAUGCACAAGACCUCGAGUGUGAUGAUGUCGGCUUUGCUUAUGUUGAUUUGAGAGCUGUAUAUCUGAAUGGAAGAGAUAUUAUAGAAGAAGAUGUCAGUGUUUUUGAUGCCCAAGAUGGUGGACAAGUGAUUGGAAAGAUGAAGAUAACAGUGAAAGCCCUUGAGACACUACGCUUAAUCUAUAGUGAAAAUCAGUGAAAAUGAAAGCAACUGUGAAAGCCUUUGAAACACUACAUGUCAUCUAUAGUGAACCUCAGUGAAUAUGAAAGUAACCAUCAAAGCCCUUGAGACAUCACAUUUAAUCUAUAGUGAGCACCAAUGAAGAUGCUGCUGUAAGAAGAUGAGUUUGUCUACAAAUAACUUUCGAAUCGGAUGCCUUUAAAUGUCUGUUGUAUGUUAACUAUAGUGCCAUGCUUGCCAUAUGUAAAUGCAGAGUACUUGCCUAGAUGUUAAAGUUGCAAUAUACUUUUUUAACUGUGACUUUUGUUCUAAUUUUCUUUAAAACAACAUAAAAAUUUCUACCUCUGGACAAAAUGUUGUAAAUAAUUAAUAUAAGGUGUACAGUUCACUGAUCAUUACUGUUUCUAUUGUAUCUGGAUUUUUUUACACGUAUUUUAAUAUGUAUGCAAGUCAGCUAUUUAAUUGUAUUACUUUUUUCUGAAGAUCAUCUUUAGCUGAAGCUGUAGAGAACUGAUUAAAAAUAAAAUUUUAUGUUAUCCCUAAUCACGCUACUUAAUGGAAUGCCUGUGAUUAGCCUCAUUAAGAGUUCUACACUGUGAAGAUUUUUAUUAGAAGCAGUAUAUGAAAAUUGCCUGGAUUAAUGUGUUAAUCUCCCUCUUUAAAAUGCUAAUGUCCAUUUUAUGCACAUUAAAUUUCAGUCUGCAUUUGCUUUGAUGCAUGCAGUUUCUAUCAAUUAAAUAUAAAGAGAAUCUGUGUGCAGAAAUCACUAUUCAGGCUAUGCUGGAUUUGCUUUUUAAUACUAGUAUGCAGAACACCUUAUUUUGCUUGACACAAAAAAGGCACAUUUAGAUGACUGCCAUGUUAUAUAGAAACAUUUUUUUUUUUUCACAAAAGUGAUUUUGAAUCCUGUGAAAUGGUUUAAAUAAGAUAAAUAACAGCAACAUAGCCUUACAGGAUUUAUUCAUUAAUAGUUAGCAGCUAGUAACUGAGCUUUUUUUGAAAGACUGUCUCAGGAGAUUGUGAAGAAUAAUACAUUUCAUUUUCUAAUUUACAUUUCUUUAUUUGUCAUUUUCUUGAAAAGCAUUUAUGGGCAGCCAGUUUUUAGUGUUUGCAAACAGUCUGUGUUCCUUCAUAAGCAUAUGUAAAGUAUUCAGAGAGAUAAGUAAUUUAUUAAAAUCUACCUAAUUUGCCGUGAUAUAUUAAAUCCCUGCUUCAGUGAUCACAGCCCAUUUCAUUUAGUGAAUUAGGCGUCCCCUCUUUGUGUGAUUAAAGCUCUGGAAAAUGAGUUCCCUGCUCAUAUUUGUGAACAUUCAAAACCCGCUAAUGGCAAGAAGAUGGAAUAGAUUAUGAGACAAUUCAUUACAGCUGAACAGCAAAAAAGCAGCUAUAAUACAAAAAUGUGAGCCUGAAUAUCUGCAUAUAGUUUGAAGCAUCUGUGCUUUAAUGGGUUCAGUAAUGGCUCACCAUAUUCAGAAAUCUUUGAGAUGACAGCCAUGCAAUAUUAAUUUGUUGAUGUACAGUCUGAGGCCAUCUGAAUAUUUUGACCACACUUUUCCUUAGAACCUCCACUGUUCCAGAGGGCCCCUUUGUCAUUUGGCCUACCACUUUCAGGAUCUGUAAAAUCUUACAUAAAUCACUUUUAAACUGUAUGUAUAAUGAAUGCAUUCCUCUGGAGCAUUCCAGAAACCUCAGUCAUCUGUAAACCAAUCCGCACCAUCCCCAGUAAAUAGCCACAUGUUUGUCGUCACUUAAGCUGGCUCUUACCUCAUCAUCUUGGCUACUGCUCCAGGCUUUCUUUGGCUGUAUCCAAACGUAUCAUCAUUAGGAACCACCAUAAUAUAUUUUAGUAAUUUAAAACAGUUUAAAUCAAUGUUACAAUUAAAUGGGUGGCUUUGUAGACAUUCAACUCCAGUGUACAGUUUAUAACCUUUCAGUGUACUGUAUAACUUAACAUAACUAGAAAUGUUCCUAGUACUAGCGCUAUUGAGGCUUUGGCAAAUCUUCCAGCUUGCACUUGUAGUAGUCAGAUCAAGCUUUCUAAGUGGCUAUCAAUUAUACAGUGACUAGAGUGUUACUUAAACAUUUGUAGACUAUCCUGUCAGCUAUCUGUCCUUGAUACUAGCAGUUACUGACAGUGGAGUCAGACUUACAGCAUAAUGUUAAUCACAGACUGUGAAAAAAUUAUUAAAACUUUGUGAAAUUGC